CAGAAGAGGACAAAGAGUUUGUAGAAGACUUCAGUGGACAAGGGAAUAAGAAAAACAAGGAAAAUGCCGAAACCAAUCAAUGUCAGAGUAACCACAAUGGAUGCAGAGUUGGAAUUUGCCAUCCAGCCCAAUACAACAGGCAAGCAGCUCUUUGAUCAGGUGGUGAAAACUGUUGGUCUUCGUGAAGUCUGGUUCUUUGGGCUACAGUAUGUGGACAGCAAAGGCUACUCAACUUGGCUGAAGUUAAAUAAAAAGGUAACACAGCAAGAUGUAAGGAAAGAAAAUCCUUUGCAGUUUAAGUUCAGAGCCAAGUUUUUUCCAGAGGAUGUAUCAGAAGAAUUAAUUCAGGAAAUAACUCAGAGACUUUUCUUCCUGCAAGUCAAAGAAGCGAUCUUAAAUGAUGAAAUAUAUUGCCCACCAGAAACUGCGGUUCUUCUGGCUUCUUACGCUGUCCAGUCCAAGUAUGGAGAUUACAGUAAGGAGAUACAUAAACUGGGCUAUCUAGCCAAUGACAGACUUCUCCCUCAGCGUGUGUUAGAACAGCACAAACUGACGAAAGAACAGUGGGAAGAAAGAAUACAGAACUGGCAUGAAGAGCACAGGGGAAUGUUAAGGGAAGAUUCUAUGAUGGAAUACCUUAAGAUAGCACAAGACUUGGAGAUGUAUGGAGUCAACUAUUUUGAAAUAAAGAAUAAAAAAGGAACUGAAUUGUGGCUAGGAGUUGAUGCUUUGGGUUUGAAUAUUUAUGAACAUGAUGAUAAGCUGACACCCAAGAUUGGUUUUCCUUGGAGUGAAAUAAGAAACAUCUCUUUUAACGACAAAAAAUUUGUCAUAAAGCCAAUUGACAAGAAGGCCCCCGAUUUUGUUUUUUAUGCACCCCGUCUGAGAAUUAACAAGCGAAUUUUGGCACUGUGUAUGGGAAAUCAUGAAUUGUACAUGAGGAGGAGGAAACCUGAUACAAUUGAAGUGCAACAGAUGAAGGCCCAAGCUAGAGAGGAGAAACAUCAGAAACAAUUGGAAAGGGCACAAUUAGAAAAUGAGAAGAAGAAAAGGGAAAUAGCAGAAAAAGAAAAGGAAAGAAUAGAGCGUGAAAAGGAAGAAUUAAUGGAACGCUUAAGACAGAUCGAGGAACAAACAAUGAAAGCUCAGAAAGAGCUAGAGGAACAGACCAGAAGAGCUCUAGAGCUGGAUCAAGAACGAAAGCGUGCAAAAGAGGAAGCAGAGCGCCUGGAAAAAGAGCGUUUUUGAGCAGCUGAAGAAGCUAAAGCUGCUCUAGCCAAGCAGGCAGCUGAUCAAAUGAAGAACCAGGAGCAGCUAGCAGCAGAACUUGCUGAAUUCACUGCCAAGAUUGCGCUUCUAGAGGAGGCCAAGAAAAAGAAAGAAGAGGAAGCCUCAGAAUGGCAGCACAAAGCUUUUGCAGCCCAAGAGGACUUGGAAAAGACCAAAGAAGAACUGAAAUCUGUGAUGUCUGCUCCUCCUCCGCCUCCUCCCCCACCAGUUAUUCCUCCAACAGAGAAUGAACAUGAUGAACAUGAUGAGAACAAUGCUGAAGCCAGUGCAGAACUGUCUUCUGAUGGUGUCAUGAAUCACAGGAGUGAGGAAGAACGGGUAACAGAAACACAGAAAAAUGAACGUGUUAAGAAACAGCUCCAGGCUUUAAGUUCUGAAUUGGCUCAAGCCAGAGAUGAAACCAAGAAAACACAAAAUGAUGUCCUUCAUGCUGAGAACGUUAAAGCAGGCCGUGAUAAGUACAAGACUCUUCGACAAAUCCGACAAGGCAAUACGAAGCAGCGUAUUGAUGAGUUUGAAGCAAUGUUACAAAAGUACGAUCUCUUGCAGCCCUUAGGAUAGGAACAAGGUAAAGAUCAGCAGAAGACCUGGGCUCUGCCAAGGCCUGACAUUGCACUUCUGUAAAUCUGGACAGUUUACAGCGCUUUAAAUUAGGUGCUGCCUGGUCUGUGAAGAGUUUUCUGGAAGGACCAGGAAGUGCUGUUACAACAUUUCAUUAAUGUUUGUUCUCUCAUGGCCUCUCUGAAUCUUUCCUUUGUUGUCUUUUCCCAGGAGAAAAUGAGCCUUUUGAAGUAUUUAAGCUGUUGUUCUUCCCAGAAAGACAGGAAAUGAUACUAAUAUGUUAAUCUUGAACAUGCAAUGGGACGUGUUAGAGUGAACGGUGAUGUGACCCUUCAAAGUGCUCGGAGAUCUUGUAGGCUUUGCCCACAAAAUGAUGUAGUGUGGGAAGCCUGACUAUAUCCAGCCUGGGUCCAGCGAAAUGAGAGUAGAUACUUUCCAAGUUUUAUUGGUUUUCUACACCAUUUUGAAUAGCCUUGAUGAUACAUGAGUAGCGUCAGAUGAUUUUCUAAUGUAAAACUCCCAGUUGAAUAUGUCUGUACAUACAUUACCAGUGUAAGCACCCGGUGCUCCUUGCCUUUUUGUACGCUACUAGGAUGUGCAUACUGUGUACACGUAACUGCCUUGACUUGUGCACCCUGCACAAAAGCCUGAAUAAAUGGGUUUUAA